AUGAGUCAAGAGAAACAACACUAUAACAAAAAGAAUUCGGGACUGAAGUUGUUUCCCAAAGACUGUCUUGGACAAUCAGGAACUAUCGUUUCAAUCGACCUUUCCAACAAUGACAUUUCAGUUCUUCCAAAGGAAAUGGGCGUCUUCAAGGGCCUCACCCACUUUAGAAUGAUGGCAAAUAAAAUCAACGCGUUGCCACUGUCGUUUGCCACGCUGACUGGAAUCCGGCAUCUUGACUUAAAUGCGAAUCAGUUUACGACGUUUCCAACACAAAUCAGCACACUGACCGGACUGGAAGAACUUCAGAUGAUUCAAAACCAAAUGACGGAGAUUCCCGAGUGCAUUGGCAACUUGACUAAGUUACAAAGAAUCUCAUUCACUGCAAACUUUCUGAAAACACUUCCCGUUUCUUUAGCGAAAUGCACUGAUAUGAAUUACAUAGAACUCACAAGUAACGAAUUUGAGAAAUUUCCAGAGGUUGUAUGUCAGUUGUCAAAAGUCACAAUUUUAAUGCUCCAACAGAACCAAUUAAAAGACGUUCCGUCAUCGAUCAGUAAGUUGGAGAGGAUGUCGGGGUUAUACCUUUCGACAAACAAUUUCGACAAAUUUCCUGAAACCAUUUGUAAGUGCCCAUCGUUGACACAACUCGAAAUCGAUAACAACAAUUUUGUCGAUAUCCCCGACUCACUCUCUCUCCUCACAAAAUUGAAAACUCUGAUCAUUAACAAGUCAUUUGUGUCGUGUUUGAAUACUAUCGACGCAAUGUCAAGUCUGUGCCAGAUAGUGAUGUCGGACACUAAGUGUAUGUUCCUCCCCGACUUGUCAACUAACUCCAAAUUGACAUCAUUGAUCGUUAUAAGAGGGUGCCUUAACGAGGUCAAGUCACUUCCACCAAAUUGCUCUUGCAGAUUUGGUGGAAACAGUAUUGAGUCAAUCGAAUUUCCAGAGAACGGCGUCGUACAGUAUAUGAUCCUCGCAAACAACAAGCUGACGUGUUCACCGGACUUGUCAAUGUUAUCGAAAAUCUCGCGACUCGACUUGUCCCAAAACAGAAUCACAUGGUUUGACGAUAAGACGUGCCACCCCACGUUACAACAGUUGGACGUCAGUUGUAAUCCGUUAGUCGAGUUUCCAGUCUGUCUUUCUCGAUGUGUCUCAUUGAAAACACUGAACGUCUCGGACUGUCAUUUAUUCGAUAUUCCAACCAACGUCUUGGCGUCUCUAUCGAAUCUUGAAAAUCUGUAUUUAGCGUGUAACCACUUAAGUUCAUUGGAGAGUCUGAGUGUCUCCACGAAGUUGAAAACACUCUACUUGCAGUCCAACAAUUUACUCCACUUUCCACGGUGCGUCUGCAAUUUGACGACACUCAAAACGUUGUUCCUUUCGAAUAACUUGAUCACCGUCAUCCCCGACCAAAUUUCUAAAUUGAGUCAACUUGAAAUACUCGACUUGUGCUGUAACUGCAUUUUAGACAUCGAGUGUUUGACUGCACUCUACAAUUUGAAGGAAUUGAAUGUCGCGUUCAAUUUCAUCAAAACAAUACCAGUCGGGUUCAGCCAAAUGAAGAGCUUGAGCGCGAUGAAUAUCAACGGAAACCAACUUUCACUGAAGGAAAAGAUCCCACACCUCGAGAAGAAGUUCGACUUCUUCCAAGUGCAAAUUCCAGUCCUCAAAACACCGAAAGACGAGGUCGACGGCGCAACAACUAUCCUUUCGACAACAGUUUUUGCGGAUAAGAAGGUAGUCAAAACGUUUAAUAUGCCAUCGGAGACGUACCAAUUCUUGACUCUGAAGACGGCGAACGGAGUGUUGUCAGAAGAUGAACACCCGAUUGAAGUUGGGAGCAGUGAAAUGAAAGGGCGUCGACCAUCAAUGCAAGACACGACAUUUGAAAUCAAAAAUUUCAUGAUGAAAGGGUUUCAUAUGAUCGGGCUGUUUGAUGGCCAUGGAGGAGAUAAUGUCUCUAAAAUGGCAUCAGCGAUGUUCCCGACUGUCUUUGCGAAUCAGCUGCAAGCUCAGGUCAAAAGGAGUCUUUCGAAAAAGAAAAUAGAACCGGAGAAUUAUAUAGACAAUUGGGUGAAAACGGCAUUCAGUGAGACGUAUGAAAUACUUAACAAAAAUGUCGAGAAUCAGAAAUACACGGACGGAUCAGCGGCGGUCGUUGUCUUGAUCACGCCACAGAAAUUGUACUGCGCAAACUGCGGAGACUCCCGCGCACUUUUGGUCCAGAAAAACACUGAAAUCCCAAUGUCCGUCGACCACAAACCAACACAUCCAAACGAGUUGAGAAGAAUCCGGAAGAACAACGGGUACGUCGACAAAAGUGGAAGACUUAAUGGUGAAGUCGGGUUGGCGCGAGCACUGGGCGAUUUAAGGUGCCACCCCGCACUCACUGCCGAACCAGAAGUUUUGACAUAUAACAGGAGCGGAGAGGAUUUGGCCAUUGUUAUGGCGUGUGAUGGUGUUUGGGAUGUCUUUGAGAAUGUAACUGUUGCGAGGAUGGUUAGAGAACGAUUGAGUAUGCCACGGGUCGCUGACAUUGCUUGUUUCUUAAGGGACGCGGCACACUUCAAUGACAGUGGGGAUAACAUCAGCUCCAUUGUUGUCCGACUUUAA